AAGUAUGGCGGCAAGUGUUUACGACAACUGAUCCAGUGCCGUACUGCCGUUCCAAAUCGCGUAAGCACUCGAAUCGCGUGGUGCGCGGAUUGGCAUUCGUCCGUCGGAUUUGAGUGAACGAAUCAAUUCGCGAAUAGUGUUGAAACAGUGAUGAUUGUUGCCUGGCGGCUGACAGUGUUAUGUAAAGUACCCGCGAUUAUCGCCACCCGCUAAACAAUCUAAUCAAAUAUCUGUGCACACCAAGGAGAUUCACAAACGUCCAGGUGACGUCCUCUUCGCGUCCGCUGUUUUAACUCCAUGAGGGGAUGAGCACUGGAGGGGAUGGGGGCGGUGGCGGCGUCGGCGUCCAGACCGGCGUCGGCGGAGGUGGUCGUGGCACCCCUCCGCACGGCUCGCCUACCCCAAUGGACAAGGCAACGCUCAAGGUUCACUUGCCCAAUGGCGGUUUCAACGUAGUCAAAUUUGGUGAUGCAAUCGACGUAAGAGGGAUCAUUUCUCUCGUGACAAGCCGGCUGGCGGUGAGCACCAGACAGUAUCGUCACCUUUACGCCAUGAGGCUACACCAUCCAGGCUCUGGGGAGAGCUACUGGCUUCAUCAGGACACAACCAUGUACCAGGUUCAAGAAAAAUACGAACGCAAACAUCCUCAUAGCGAGUGGAGGUACGAAUUAAGGGUGCGAUAUUUACCCCAGAACCUUAACGAUCUCUACGAAAAGGACAAAGUUACCUUUUACUACUAUUACGAUCAGGUGAGGAAUGACUACUUGAGCGCAAAUCACGCCACCCUAGACCAAGAUGUAGCCGUACAAUUGUGCUGUCUUGAGAUUCGGUACUUCUUCAAAGACAUGCCACAAAUCGCGCUGGACAAGAAGAGCAAUUUGGAAUAUUUGGAAAGAGAGGUCGGACUCCACAAGUUUUUGCCACGAACCGUUUUGAAUGGCAUGAAACCGAAGGCACUCCGCAAGCUCAUACAGCAACAUUUCAAAAAAGUAGCCGCCCUUUCGGAACUCGAAUGUAUGUUCAAAUUCUUCGAACUCCUUCGAUCCUACUACAGAUUUGACCAGGAGAGAUUCAUAUGCGCCUUGGGGUCGAGCUGGUCGAUACCAGUCGAACUCGUGAUUGGACCUGACUUGGGCAUUUCCUACAUGGCACAUCGUGGUGGAACAGUGCCGUCGAGAAUAGCCGAGUUCUCACAGAUCCAGUCAAUUCAGACUUUGGUAUCGGAUUGCAAGGAACAUGCAAAGGCCUGCAUUAAACUCAGAGUAGCAGGAGCUGCAGAAACCCUGAGUAUCACUUGCUCGAGUUUGGAUCAAGCAGAGAGUCUGGCAGACUUGAUCGAUGGAUACUGUAGGCUAACCACUGGAAGUAAUACAUCGUUGUGGAAUAGAAAAGCUGCAUCCUGGAAAAAUUAUCCCUGCCCUUGUAAAGAUGCCCAUCCACCAAAGUAUAGACACGACGCAACAGACAGUCCAGAGAAAAAUUCUGGUAAAACAGGAACAAUCCUAUCUGAGGACUAUGCAGAGAUUGUCGACGAGGAAGGAGAUUACUCAACGCCAGCUACUCGAGACUACGAAAUUGUUAGAAAUCAAGUCGAGCUUGGUGAAAUAAUCGGAGAAGGCCAAUUCGGCAAUGUUCAUAAAGGAUCGUACAGAGGCCGAGAUGGUCAGCUUGUAGCCGUUGCAGUGAAAACUUGUAAAGUCGACGCAGACCUCGCAACUGCUGAAAAGUUCCUCGAAGAAGCAUAUAUUAUGCAGCAAUUUGAGCAUCCACACAUAAUACGAUUAAUUGGUGUCUGCUCCGAAGCUCCGAUAUGGUUGGUCAUGGAAUUAGCACGGCUUGGAGAAAUGCGUGCUUAUCUUCAGUCCAAUAAGCACAGACUUGAUGUAGCCACUCUCCUCCUGUAUACCUUCCAGUUGAGUACAGCGCUAUCGUAUCUCGAGAGCAAAAAAUUCGUCCACAGAGACAUAGCUGCAAGAAACGUUUUGGUAUCAUCGAACACCUGUGUAAAAUUGGCUGACUUUGGUCUGAGCCGAUGGGUCGAGGACCAGAGCUACUACACUGCAAGCAAGUGUAAGCUGCCAAUCAAGUGGAUGGCACCGGAGAGCAUAAACUUCCGUAGAUUUACAACAUCCUCAGAUGUAUGGAUGUUUGGAGUGUGUAUGUGGGAAAUUCUGAUGUUGGGAGUCAAGCCAUUCCAAGGAGUGCGGAAUAACGAGGUGAUACGGAAGUUGGAAAAUGGAGAACGGCUGGAACUCCCGAAGCAUUGUCCUCCGCGGCUGUAUUCACUCAUGUCCCAAUGCUGGAGUUACGAGCCAAGCAAGAGACCAACUUUCAAAGACAUUCGAGAAAAUUUGCAUGAAAUCUUGCGAGAAGAAAAGCACCAGCAACAAGAGACAAUGAGACGAGAGAAUAGGAGAGUUCAAGCAAUGUCUUGGGGUGCAGACGAAGCGCCACCGCCAAAACCAUCACGUCAACCACAAAACUCAAGCGAAUCGGGAAGUAGCAUGAGCUCAGUCGCUCCAGUGUCAACAUAUAUUGUUGCCCAGAGUCCGGAGGUACUUGCCCAACUUCUCAAGGACAACCAAUCUCGGGGGGUAUGUCCCUCCGUCUACACAACCCCCGCAUCCCCAUUUAACACACUCGCAGUGCAAUUUCAAGACGAGGAUCAAGCUCUAACUACUGCCAUCGCUACUGACCUGCCCUUUGCCCUUGACCAAACCGUAUCUUCCGAAACCCCUGCCCUUCACCACGAUACUCAUUCGAUCGAAGACAUGGACUCUCUAGACAGCAAUGACACAAUUUCACCACUAAUGUCGAGCCUUAGUAUGUCCGACUCUAGUAUAGUUGCACAAACUCAGUCCCCAGUUACAGGGAGAAAGCAUCAAGUCAAAGACACCCAAAACUUAUAUUCUGUCAGUUCGAAGCUAGUCGGCAGUAUUACUGGCGAUUUGUAUUCUCCUGUGCAAAAGCUCGUCUCGUCAAAUCCCAUACCAAUAACAUCAUCUUCGCACCCCGCAGGUACCUGCGGUGAAAUUUAUGGGCCAGUUGUUAACUUUACUCAGAGUUCUGCGAUCGUAGGAAACCUUAAUCAGAGUCCAAGUCUUGGCGGUAAUACCGGCGAUGGUUCCGGAAAUCAUGCGCAGAAUGCAAAUGACACAAUUGUUAUGGGGCAAAUUCAAUACACGAGUAGCGCUCAUUCGCAAACAACCCAGGCUUCGUCUACUUCGGUGAAUCAUUACGGUAAUUCCCCGAAUCAGUCACAUGUUGGUGGACAGAAUGCUGCUAGUGCCGGUGCGGGUUACCCACGUAGUGCUGGUUUAUCCAGUGUGAGUAGUGCAGUUCCCAUAUCAAAUACAGAGUGUCUCUACGGACCCGUUAUGAAAUUCCGGGCUAGAGCUACGGUACAAAAUCAAAGUGCAAAUCCAAUGUCCUCGACACCCCCGAGUGUUUCACAUAUUCAAAAUGCAAGAAGUAAUUUAGUGUACAGCCCUAUGCUGGGACAAAAUUAUCAGCCGCAACCAUUUUAUCCUCAAAAUUAUCAAGAUCAAGAACAAGUCUAUUCUAAUGUGGCUCAAGCACGACCACCUUCUUACGUGUCUCGAGCCCAGCCUGCUCAAAACUUUCAAAGACAAAGUUCCCAGGGGCAGUUUGUCGUUUAUUCGCAAAACCAACAAUUCGAGCAACAAAAUGGUGCGAAUCCUAGUUAUACGGUUCAUGCAGCACCUACAUCUGUCGCCCAAGCUCAGUGUUUCAAUCAAGCAUAUUCAAUGCAAAGUGGUCCUACUCAUAGUCAGCCUUUUCAACAGGCCAUACCCCCUCAAACUUCACAUCCCGUUCAGUCCUAUAUGAGUACUUCUAAUCAUUCAACUCAGCAAGAGUUAUUGACAACUUUAACAAAUGCCGAGUCUUCACAAAUCUCACAUCAACAUUCGGAUAACUCAAUAUUGCAAAGUUCACUCUCUGGGGCAGCGGGCGUGGUGAAAGGUCACGGCUCUCAGGUACACCUUUCUGCCUCCAAUCCCAUAACAUCGCAAACAAGUCAACGUACCCAAGUAGCGACAGGUGUUAAUGUAAUACAGCAACAAAGUCUUCAGCCACAAUUGGCAACGGCAGUACCGAGGAUAAAUCCGCCCUUGUUGGCAACUGGGAUAGCAAAAAUAACUACGUUUAUAACUCAUAAAUCUGACGAACAGUUGACCCGUUCUAUCAACAGUGCGUUAUCUAGUUCCCUGGUGUCGUCAGCUGUUAGCGACAGCACUAUUUCGUCGACCAGUUCGGCGACGGAGGAAAGCCAACAAGAUCAGCGAAACACACAAUCGCAGCUGUUUGAUGGUGCUAUCGAGCACUUUGGACAUAGUGUGGACGAUGAACAAAAAUUACGCGAACAAAGACUACUAGAACAGCAACGUCAGUCCGAAGAAGAUAGCCGGUGGCUCGCGAGAGAAGAGAAACGACUUUCGAUCGCAACUAGUGGCGAUGAAAGUGGAAGUCCUCUGGGACCUCGUUCGGUGACCCAAUCACCCAGCAAUGAAGCUACGCCCGUCAACACAGGAUCCCUUGGUCUAGACAAGGGCUCUGAUAAAGUUAUCAUCGUCAAGAAAAUGGAACCGACUCCGACAGCUGAUCUAGAUAGGACUAACGACAAAGUAUAUGAUUGUACAACGAGCGUCGUCAGGGCUGUUAUGUCCCUUUCUCAGGGUGUGCAACAAAGUAAAGCUGAACAGUAUCUUGAGCUAGUAAGAAAGGUGGGCGUUGAACUAAGAGCGCUCCUCACAUCUGUGGAUUCUCUAAUGGAGAUUUUACCGGCAUGCGCGCAUCGAGAAGUGGAAAUGGCUCACAAAGUUCUCAGCAAAGAUAUGGCUGAACUUGUUUCUGCCAUGAAAUUGGCCCAGAGUUACAGUGCCACAACCUUAGAUGCAGAGUAUAGAAAGGGCAUGUUAUCCGCAGCGCAUAUAUUGGCCAUGGAUGCAAAAAAUCUUUUGGACGUCAUUGACUCCAUACGAAUCCGUUACCCGUAUGUUAACGAACAAAUUUGUCAAAGGGUUGAGGGACCUAAUGAGUCCGAAUCAUCUGUAGAAAAUAAAGUUCAUUCCAGCCAAUCUGGAGAGAUAUUAAGAAGAAGUCAGUCAACUGAACGGCAUGGAUCAAUGUUCAGGCAAAGUCAAAGUGGAGACGUGCUGCACAGGAUGGGCCAAUCGGUAGAGAGAACACCUCAGGAUAGUCAAUCAGAUGUUAGUUGCAAUUCUACAAUAGAAAGAAGACAUCACAUGGUUACGAACAGUUUGGAACGUAAUUCGACAGCAAGAAGACAAAUGGCGACUAAUAGUUUGGAGAGAAAGAGGCCAUCCCUUUCGUGUAAUAUGGGGAUUCCUGGCAAUCUGGCUAAUCUUCCGCCGUUGGUUCCGGUUUCUUGUAGCAUAGUCCAGUCAGCUACACCAGUCAUACAUUCGAGUCAUGUGGGUGGAACUGCAGUUGCCAACCAAUCUUCUUCCAUGUUUGCAGCUCAGAAUGAAACAUACAUUGAAACAUCCAACGAAACACCACCAAAUGACAGCUAACAACAGGACAACUAUAAUCCAGGAAAGAGUGUGACAGACUUAGUUUGUAUGCAGAUAAUCGCUAGGCAGUAACUACUAAGUUUAUGUCCUUCAAAUAGCAUUCUCACAUAUGAUCAGUGUUCCUGCUUCUUAGCUCUUUUAUACUUUUCAAUACGAAACCUUUUGUCCGUGCGUACUUAUAGAGAGGAUUGUAUUUAUUAGUCUAGUUUUAGGAAGAUUUUUUAGCAAAUACGAAUUCAUAGCUACCUAUGUUAAACUUGCAACUCCAAAAUUCUAGGAUCAUCGUGCAAAUUGACUGUAAUAAUAUCAUGUGCAGAGAAUAACUAGAUCAUUUUUCAUUGCACAUAUUUCAGUAGGCUGAGACAUUUUUGUAAUUUAAAAAAGAGAAACGUAGCUAAACUUACUAUGUGUGCGAGCUUGUUUGCGGUAUCAAAGGGAGUAGAAACGGUAGCUCAGAUAUAUCUGACAGAGUUGCGCAAAUACCUGUACGUACAAUUAAUGAAAAUAGUAAAACUCACGCGACUUGAUUGAACACGUAGAAGGAAAAUUACAUUUCAAUGACUAUCCACACCUUCAUGGAUGUGUGUAAUAUACUCAGGAGCAAAAGUUUACUAUUGUUUUUUGCCAGAUGAAGGAUAGCUCGAGGUAUUACUAAUCAUACGUAAAUAAAAGUGAAAACGUACCUGUUUGUAAAAACACGCCCAUCGUCAGUUGCAGUACAUGACUCAGUUUUAUAAACUUUACAAUUUUACAAGUUUGUUUUUAAAACCAAAUUUUUUAUGAAAGUAAAGAAACAAAAAUGUCUAUGCGUGACUAAUAAAGUUUUGUUAAGUAGAAAAAUAAUGCCACCCGCACAAUUAUGUGUACAACUAAGUCGAAGAAGUUCAUUCGUAGUGAGAUCCUACAGAUAUCUGACUGGCAUGUACUUGUUGCAAUAUAAGCGGAAUCUGAAUGAAUAUUCGGAGAGUUGACAGAUCCUGUAAGAAAUAUUUUUACAAAACUUCUAAUCGUAUUUGUUCCUCCUAUGACAGCAAUUUCUCACACAAUUGGAAAAUCGUCAAACUUUUGGAGCAGAAACAUGACGAGGAUAAAGAAUUUAAUUUUCCGUUAACAGAAAAAUAACGUGACAAGAAUGGAAAUUUUUAGGAAUAAAUUUGUUACUUCGAUAUGAGCCUUCAAAACAUUUUUAUAGAAAAUUGUUUCCGUUACGUUAACUCGAAUUACUUGCUUGCGUCCAUAUUUUUGGUAACAUUAGCAGAAAAAUGAAUGUCCAAAUCACGAGUAUGUAACUGACCAGUAGCGGUAAACAAACGAAUAACAAUUGCUAAAUAAAAAUUCAAGUGCCAAGAGAAAUAUAUUUAUUGUGAAAUAUUGGGAUUAUUACGAAUUGAAUAUUAUUCAUUGUCAUGCCUUUAUGACCACGAUUAGUACACCAGUAUUUUAUAAUACGG